UGUAAGAGUUUGGUUCCGAAUUGGUUUUCAACUAACAGUUAACACUUUCCCCACAUCUCCUCAUUCUUUUUACUAACCACUCCCAUGAGCUAGUAUUACUAACUGUUACAUAAACAAGCAGAGCACAUACACAUCAACUCCAGAGAAGUCUGGAAUCCCUACUUGAUUGCCUGCCAUCAUUUGUACGAAGAGGUUGCAACCAACUGGAAAGCAAAUCUUCACCAAAAGAAUCUGCGUUGAAGACAAUGCCACAUACCUCUGCAUUUCUUCGCUGUGUAUUGCUGUAUCUCACAGCUGGCUUGCUCCUUUGUGAAUCCAGUGUCACAGAAGCAGAAGGAAAUGACGAGAGUAUUCUUCAAGACAUGCAGAAAAAAAUUAAUGACCUGUGGCAGGGUUUGCUCUACCCACAGCAUUAUGAGGAGUUCCUUGCAGCCAACCAUACUGCAUAUGCCAACUGUAUACUACAAGCUAGUACCAAACUAGAUGCAAGCCAGCCACAGGUAACAGGGGAAGUUCUCUUCAGGCAGACCUACCCAUACGGAAAACUGGAGGCUAUUUUCUAUGUAGAUGGGUUUUCCACAGAAGCCAACUCAACAGGCAGAGCUAUUCAUGUGCACCAGUAUGGAGACCUCAGUGACAGUUGUGACUCUGCAGGAGGACACUACAAUCCUUUAAAAGUGAACCACCCUUACCAUCCUGGAGAUUUUGGCAACUUCAACUCUAAAGAAGGCAAAAUUAGAAAACAUAAAUGCAGCCUCAUGGCCACUCUCUUUGGCCCACACACCAUAAUGGGACGAUCUAUUGUGAUCCAUGAGCAGGAAGAUGACCUGGGGAAAGGAAACAACAAGGCCAGUCUAGAGAAUGGGAAUGCUGGAAAACGUCUGGCUUGCUGUGUCAUUGGAACAUGCAACAAAAACCUGUGGGAGAAGAAGUUUCCAGAGUUUAUGCAGAAGAGGAAGAAACGGCUCACGAAACAAGCCCAGAACAGACAAGCCUAGGUGAAGAUCAGAGACAAUGACAACUCCCAAUGGAUUUUGAAUCUGCCAAGCUAGUAGUUAAAUAAUAGGAAAAGUUUCUGAUUCCCUUGAGAAAAUGUAAGAUAUGCCUAUUGUUCUAUUAUAGUCCUCCUUUCUGUAAGCAGAUUAAUAAUAAAAAAGUAGCAGCAUAUUUUUCCAAAGUUCAUAUUCAGGCUUUUAUUCAGCUCCCAAGUUUAGUCUUGACACGGUAAGAAGGGCUGUAUGCUUUGCUACUGAAAUCUUGAGCCAUUCUACUUAUUGUGUGCCGUAUCUCUCAGAAAAAUCUCAAGAACAAGAAAGCUGGAGGAACAAAAGGUAAAAAUAAAUGUCUUCAACUCA